AGCAGAUGUCACCUUCCUGACCCCUCCCUCCCCGCCACUCCUCUGAGUGUGCCGGUUACCGACACACCCAGCGAUACCCCUGACACAAACGGUCAAACGGACAGCCCACUGCUUCAUAUUAUCCACACACACACACACGAAGCGACGCAGACAGCCGCACACACACACGUGCCAUCCCAGACAGCCAGUCACGUGCCCCCCGCUUGUAUGGAUGUGUAGCUGCUACGUCCGUCGGCCCUCACCCACUCACUCACCCAGCCACCCACCAGUCAGUCAGUCAGUCUAUGUGUGCAAUCAGUCGCCUCAGCCUCGCUGCUGGCUGCCCUUCCCUUGUGCAGCACGGCUGCCAUCUGUCCGCCCAGCCCCGUUGGCCGACGGCGACGGCAUCGGGCGCAUGCCCGUGGCGCCGGCGUGAAUGUGAUACUGCUGCACUGGCGAUGGCUGGUUCAUCAUCAUGUCGCGAUGUGCUGGGGCUGGUGCGGGGCGGUGUGGCGACGUCAGCACAAACGGCGGGCUGGCCGAUUCAAACCCAAACCGCCCGACAGCAGGGUGAGGGAGUGCAGUGAGGUGGGGCGGGGCAGCGGGGGGCGAUGGCUGGGCGGCAAACAGAGACGGGUGGGGGGGUAAGAUGGGACGGGGCUGUGGGUAGAAGUGGCUGGCUAUGUUGGGCAUCAGGUAGUUGUGUGCCGGGCCGGGCGUCGCGGCACUCACCUGAGUGAGGCACAGACCGACACGGAUAGACGCAGUGAGUGGACAGACAGAUCGGUGGCUCAUUUGUGUGAAGAGACGUCUUCCUUACAGGCAGGUUGACGACACGAGAGCUCUCUAAGGGGCCGCCAGCAGCGGGUGCAGACACGCGUGCACUGCCGACAGGCGCCUGUGCAUAACAAAAAGGGAGAGACCAUCUGGGCUGGUACCUGUGCCUGCCUGUGUCGGUGUGGCUGCUGGUGUACCUGCUGGUGGUCGUCCUGAUGUGUCAAGUGCUGUAGUCGAUCGCGCAACACAGCCAGCUGUGCCUCUGCCACACACAUACACAGACGGUGCCAUUGUCCAUCCAAUGAGAGUGUGCCACAGACCGACUCACCUUGCGACCCGGCUUCGGAGAUAACGUUCCUCAGCUCUAUAUACAUAUGCUCGCACAUAUGCUCGCACUUGUCUUCCUGUACGUGAAUCAAUGGUCGCAAUGCAAUGCAUGAUACCCAGCCAGCCAGCCAUGCAUUCAUACCUGUUGCGUCGACGUCUCGCUUGUCCCUCCUCCCUCCACCUGCUGCUGCGAUGCCGUCCGCACUGCUGUCGUCCGCAGGCUGCCCCCGGCUCCCUCAGGUGCUACUGCUUGCGGCGAUGCUGCUGCCGCUGCCGCUGCUGCCGCCGAUGACAAUGUAGGUGCCUCAGCUGCGCCACCCUCACCUGCCCAAGGCACACACAAACACACACACACACACACAAAUAUGAUGUGAGGCAGGUCGACGUGGGGGGCUCUAAUCAGUGUGCGGCUGUGACCUUCGCUGCCCUCUCCGCUGCCGUCAUCUACACCAUCACCCUUGCCGCCGCUGCCAUCGUCCGAAUCUGCACACACCACACUCAGACACACAGACAGAGAGAGAGAGAGAGAUAAGGCACAUUCUCCAUCCAUCUGUGUGUGUCCGUGCCAUCGUCGCUGUCGUCAUCCAUAUCAUCCCAACCGCCGCCAUGGCCGUCGGAAUCUACACCACACACACAGAUAGAGAAGUAAAUCCCAGCCAUCCAUCCAUCCAUGGCCACCAUGUGUGUGCGUGUGUCCCUCUCUUCCCCUGUCCGCACCGUCAUCAUCCUGCAGCUGGUCUUCUACUUGGCCGUCGAAGACGUACGGCGCCACACGCCCCAGCGCCACACGGGCCAGCCGAGUGGUCACGGGGAAGCGGUCCUUGAAGGCACCGCUCGCACGCGCAGGCGCCUCAGUCGUCGAGACACGAACCCUCGCUGCAGACAAUGACAGACAGAGAAGACACAUGUGGCAUUGUGCAGAGCUGCCUGUCUGUCGGUCUCACCGUUGCCGAAGUUCUCCCACAAAAUGGAAACCCACGCGACGAAGGUGUGGCUGUCGUCGGUGAGCACCAGAGUCCGCACAUUACCGUUCCAGCUGAGUGUGGUGGUGCAGCCGGCCACCGGUGUGUGGGGCGACUGAGUGAGGAGGCCAUCCAGACGGCCGCCUCCAACACGCCUGAACCACACACAGACACACACACACACACACACAAUCACACAAACACCCCUCUGGCCACUGGUGGAAUUCGUGUGAUACCUGUUUAGAAGUAUGUAUGAUGUGUCAUUGAUCUGGUGAGUCCAGCUGAAGUGGUGGAGGAUCAUGGCCUUGGCGAACGACGACAAUGACGCAUCGGUGUCCUCGAGAACGCUCAACGCCCAGGGGCCUUCAUAGUGGGAGAUGCUUCUUUCCACUGGUGGGUCAUGCUGUAGUCGGUGCUGCCGAUACAGAUGGAGGGCGCGAGGGAGGCUCGGGUUGACGUCCAGCCGGAACCCGGCCUGGUCCUUGAUGGCCCCCACCUUACCGUUGCCACGCCAAUGGUUGGCAAGGCGGAGGAUCUGCAGGCAGCUGCCGUCACCGAAGUCGACGUGGCGGCCGACCACCAUUAGCUGCGCCAACACACGAGCUAACAAUCUAUACGCCUACACGACACACACAGACAGAGAGAGAGGAGGGAAUGAGUGAGGCUUCUCUGUUCCCUCCCGCCCCUCUGUGUGUGCCUUACCGUCUUGUUGGCGUGUUUGUUGAUGUCAGGACUGGUGAGGGUGACGGGCAGCGUGCAGUAGCGGCACUGGCUGGCCCACUGCAGCACCUCUCGCGUCUCGUCCCACCGCCCGCCCUCCUCGGCUAUCCGCACCGCCGCCAGCAGGUCACCCAUCCCCAGCGAUGGGUCGAACCGCACCAGCUGCAGCUGUGGGGUGUUGAUGCCAUCGCCGUCACGCCUCAGUGAGUUGGCAAGGCGGUUGCGCAGCUCAGCGAUGGUGAAGGAAGCCCGGAUGCGCCGCGAUGUGGCCCUGAGGCGGGAAACCGUGACGAUGUCGGGCAGAUGGCCCCGGCUGCCGACAAACAAGUGGCUAACGGGAUGCUCCUGGGCGGCCAUCGUCCCACCAGCACCCACGUCAGCCAUCACGCCAAGCCGUUAACACAUCUACGAUGAAUCCGACAACUGUCACCUGAUGGCCGAAAAAGUGGGCUCGAAAUGAUCGAGUUCAUUGCUCUCCUGAAGUAUGUAACUGUAGACCGCAUAGAAUGGGAGGGGCGAGAUGGCUUUCGGGGAGCUGAGCUUGCGCAGGGUCGACCUUGAAAGGCAAGAGCCAUUUGCGGCUGUAUCGGCUCCAGGCGGUAACCCGAUGUGAGAUCUACCGAUUUGGAGCAAGCUGAUUC